GUUAGGUUCGGCUAGGGCUUCGCCUCUUUUCUACUUCCGCUACCCCACUUCCGGCCGAGGACUGGCCGGGUGACCGCGCUGCGAGGGACGGCGCCUGGGGGCGGGCGAGGGGGGUGUGCGGCCAGAUGCCGCAGUAGCAGGCGCUGACAGUUGGUACCUUCCACCUUUCACUCCGUCGAGGCGCGUGACGCCUAAAACCCAGGAUGGCUGGGAAGAGGCCCCCAGGCAGGCAGCCCCUGCUGCUGUGGCUGCUUGUCGGCGUCGCCGGAGUCCACCUCGCCACCUGUCCAUACACCAAAGUGGAGGAGAGCUUCAACCUGCAGGCCACGCAUGACCUGCUCUACCACCGCCUGGACCUGGACAAGUAUGAUCACCACGAGUUCCCUGGCGUCGUCCCCAGGACGUUCCUCGGGCCCCUGUUCCUGGCGGCCUUGUCCAGCCCUGCAGUCUACGUGCUUUCGCUGUUCGAGCUGCCCAAGUUCUAUUCCCAGCUAGUAGUCAGGGGAGUCCUCGGGCUCACCGUCAUUUCUGGACUCUGGACGUUCCAAGAAGAGGUGCGGAGGCAGUUUGGGGCCCUGGUGGCCUCCGUUUUCUGCUGGAUGACGGCCACGCAGUUCCACCUGAUGUUCUACUGCACGCGGACGCUGCCCAACGUGCUGGCCCUGCCCCUGGUCCUCUGGGCCCUGGCGGCCUGGGUGCAGCAGAGGUGGGCCCGCUUCGUCUGGCUCUCGGCCUUGGCGAUCCUCGUCUUCAGGGCCGAGCUGAGCCUGCUCCUGGGCCUGGCGCUGCUGUGGGCGCUGUGCGGGAGGAAGGUCUCCGUGGCGCAGGUGCUCGGCCUCGCUGUCCCGGCGGGCGCCGUCUGCCUGGGCCUCACGGUUGCCGUGGACUCGUAUUUUUGGCGCUACCCUGUUUGGCCGGAGGGACAGGUGCUCUGGUUCAACACUGUCCUGAACAGGAGCUCCCGCUGGGGCACCUCCCCGCUGCUGUGGUACUUCUACUCGGCCCUGCCGCGCGGCCUGGGCUGCAGCAUUCUCUUCGUCCCGCUGGGCCUGGGGGACCGGAGGACACGUGCACUGCUGCUGCCGGCUGUGGGCUUCGUGGCCCUCUACUCCCUCCUGCCGCACAAGGAGCUGCGGUUCAUCAUCUACACCUUCCCGGUGCUCAACGUCGUGGCCGCCAGAGGCUGCGCCCUUGUGCUGAGUAACUACAGGAAGUCCUGGCUGUGCGCCGCCGGCUCCGUCCUGGUCGUGGGGCACCUCGUCGUGAACGCCACCUACUCAGCCACGUCCCUGUACGUGUCUCACUUCAACUACCCGGGUGGCGUGGCCCUGUGGAGGCUGCAUGAGCUGGUGCCGCCCCAGACAGAUGUCUCUGUGCACAUCGAUGUGGCCGCUGCGCAGACGGGCGUGUCUCGGUUCCUAGAAGUCAAUGCCAACUGGAGCUACGACAGGCGGGAGGACGUGCGGCCGGGCGCGGAGCACAUGCUGGCCUACACGCACCUGCUUGCGGAGGCAGCGCCCGAGCUCCUGGCCCUGCACCUGCGCACGCACCGCGUCCUGGCCCGUGUCGCGGGCACCAGCGGCGUGAGCCUCAACCUGAGCAGGCUGCCUCCCUUCAGCGUCCACCUGCAGCCGAAGCUGGUGCUCCUGGAGCGACGCUGAAGACGGCGUCCGGCAGAGGACCCAGGGCGGCCCCUCCGCCCCCGAGGCCCUCCGAGAACACGGAUCCGUCAGCUUCCAGCACAACUAAGACAGCCCGGAGGAAGAGACCCAGGAACCUCAAGCUCACCCCCACGCG